CUGCAAACUGCUUUUCUCUUCUGCUCUUCUCUUGUUUCUCUAGCUAAUUUUUCUACACCUCUCUUUCUCUCUUUCAGGCAAAUCGUUUUUUACGAACUGCAAUAUUUUCUUCCAAAAGCUCGCUUGUUGAUUUUCUCUAGCUAAACCCCUACUCACUUAACAAACUAUCACUAUGGAGGACGACGUCGCUGCUCUUGUUAUCGAUAACGGUUCCGGCAUGUGCAAGGCCGGUUUUGCCGGUGACGACGCUCCCCGCGCUGUCUUCCCUUCUAUUGUCGGCCGUCCCCGCCAUCACGGUGUGAUGGUCGGCAUGGGCCAGAAGGACUCGUAUGUCGGUGACGAGGCCCAGUCCAAGCGUGGUAUCCUCACCCUCCGCUACCCCAUUGAGCACGGUAUCGUCACUAACUGGGACGACAUGGAGAAGAUCUGGCACCACACUUUCUACAACGAGCUCCGCGUUGCCCCUGAGGAGCACCCCGUCCUGCUCACUGAGGCCCCCCUCAACCCCAAGAGCAACCGCGAGAAGAUGACCCAGAUCAUGUUCGAGACCUUCAACACCCCAGCCUUCUAUGUCGCAUCCAGGCCGUGCUCUCGCUGUACGCCUCCGGCCGUACCACCGGUAUCGUCCUCGACUCGGGCGAUGGUGUCACCCACACUGUCCCCAUCUAUGAGGGUUACGCCCUGCCCCACGCCAUUCUGCGUCUCGACCUUGCUGGCCGCGACCUCACCGACACCUGGUACCAUCCUCACCGAGCGCGGCUACUCCUUCAACACGACCGCCGAGCGCGAAAUCGUGCGUGACAUCAAGGAGAAGCUCUGCUACGUCGCCCUCGACCCUGAGCAGGAGGCUGAGACCUCGAACAAGUCGACCUCCCUCGAGAAGAGCUACGAGCUGCCCGACGGUCAGGUCAUCACCAUCGGUAACGAGCGUUUCCGCUGCCCUGAGGCUCUGUUCAAGCCCAGCAACCUCGGCAUGGAAGCUGCCGGUAUUCACGAGACCACCUACAACUCGAUCAUGAAGUGCGAUGUUGAUAUCCGUAAGGAUCUUUACAGCAACAUUGUCCUGUCGGGAGGUACCACCAUGUACCCCGGUAUCUCGGACCGUAUACAGAAGGAGGUUUCGGCCCUGGCUCCCUCGACCAUGAAGAUCAAGAUCGUUGCUCCCCCAGAGCGCAAGUACUCCGUCUGGAUUGGUGGUUCCAUCCUGGCCUCUCUGUCGACCUUCCAGCAGAUGUGGGUCUCGAAGCAGGAGUACGACGAGUCCGGUCCCUCGAUCGUCCACCGCAAGUGCUUCUAAGAAGCUUGCUGUUGGUCUUUUCCCGCUUGUUUUCUCAUUUUUUCUAUCAGCUCUCUUUUUUUAAUCGGUCAAGAUAACACUGAACU